GGAAACAACGACGACCUGAUCCUCUCCUGCUGCCUCCACUAUUGCAACGACAGGGCCAAGGACUUCAUGCCAGCCAAGAAAGAUGACCCCAUCCGGCUGCUGCGGGAGGUGGUGCUGCUGACCGACGACCGGAACCUGCGGGUGAAGGCCUUGACCCGCAACGUCCCCGUCAGGGACAUCCCCACCUUCCUGCGGUGGGCCCAGGAGGGCUGAGCGGACGCCUCCCCUGGGAAGCCGUGCAUCUCGUUGCCAACGUGGAGGGCGGCCUCAGGGCGUGCCCGUGCCCCGUGCCAGGGCUGUUGUGCUGCCACCACUGCCGCCCCCUCAUCCUUCCAGGAGAAAACCCAGCACAAUAAACGCAGCCUCUUCAACUCCACCUGGAAUGGCCAUGCUGUGGGUGCACGCACACGCGUGGAGGAGGAGCCCCCGCGCAGGCGCUCACUGUGGAGGGGGGCAAGGGCGAGUAGGGUUUCUGGCCUCUGGGGCGAGGAGGAGAGGCCGGUCGGAGGGGCCCAAGCGGGCCUCUCGCCCCCCCCCCCUGGCUCAGCUGCAGGAGCCCUUGACAGUCGGGCCCCCUCUGGAGCAGGU